UUUUUUUUUUUGGUUAACGAAAAGAAAAUUAAGAUCAAAAUUAUUUAAAAAGAAAAAUUUCUCAACAAUAUCUUAUAAAUUACAAUCAGCAAAUAUAAAACGUGUGUAGUAAUUAUAGGGAACAAAGAAAUUUUAAAUAUAUACAGUCAGAAAAUAAAGGCAAAAUGACUGGUUCAACAUUUAGUUUAAAAUUAAAAUCGAAAAAAGGUCAAUUCAUUGUCAAGGACUUGAAUAAUUCGACGACGGUGGCAGAUUUGAAAGCUCGUAUAGCGCAAAUGACGCAAAUUAACGAACCACAAUUGAACAUACUAGUCGGCUUUCCACCGCGUCCAUUGGAUAUCACACACGAUACGCAAAGAAGUUUAGAAUCGACGGGCAUAUGCAGUGGUGAAACGCUUAUCAUCGAAGAAAAGCCCGAAUUUAACGCAAUCCAACAGUCUCUCGAGGAGGACGAAGCGUUAGCACGUCGCCUGCAAGAAGAGGAAGAGCAAGAACAGUUACGUCAAGUGGUGGAAGCCGACGAAGAGGGUAGUCGGGUUCAAUUGCCACCAGGAUCCAGCGGUAAUUUCAAUGGCGUUUUAAUGAAACGUGUUGUACCGGCUGAUAAUUCUUGCCUAUUUACAAGCAUACGUUUUGUAUUGAAUGGAAAAAUAGAUAACGAAGGCAGUGAAAUGAUGCGUCACAUUAUUGCUCAAGAAGUGGCGGCCGAUCCGCAGCAAUAUAGUGAUGCUGUUCUAGGUAAAUCGAAUUCAGAAUAUUGUGCUUGGAUACAAAAGCCUGAUUCGUGGGGUGGAGCAAUUGAAGUGGCAAUACUUUCCAGUUAUUAUGGCAUUGAAAUCGAUGUUGUCGAUAUUCAAAAUGCUAUAAUUAAUCGUUUUGGCGAAGAUAGAAAUUAUGGACUGAGAGUUUUUCUACUAUUUGACGGCAUACAUUAUGAUCCGUUAUAUAUGGAAAAUGAGGUGGGCGGAGCACCCGCCACAAUAUUUCCUGUAGAAGAGUUGGGUGUCUACCAACAAGCUGAACAAUUGGCGAAAGAGGCAAAAUCCUCCCGCCAGUUCACUAAUGUUGAUCAUUUCUCUCUACGAUGUUUGCAGUGUGACAUCAAACUUGUGGGCCAGGCGCAGGCAUCGCAACAUGCCACAGAAACUGGCCACAAUAAUUUUGGCGAAAUUUAAUACGUUCACAUAUUAAGCUCAGAAGUUUUGAUGUUUCAUUUAUCGCGAAUAGUAGAAAAAAUUGUAAAAUAAACAAACGAGGAUAAGCCCUAAAGCCAUUAUUAAAAUAUAUGUUCUUUGUUUCCAACUUACAAACGAAAAAAGAAAAACAUUUCUUCUGUCUCACUUAAUUCUCGUACACAAACAAAUAGAAAUGCCUUAGCCAUAAAACACUUAAAGCGUAUUGUUCAAAAUAAAAGCAUACUAACACAAGACAUAUUUUAAUAUAGCUAUCACUAAAGGAAAAGGAAACACCAGCUGAUUGUAAUGGACGGCAAUGUUAAUUUUGAAGAUAAUUUUACAUCUACUGACUUUAAUUCAUAUAUGCCGUGAGAUAUUGUUAAUUUAGAAUGGAUAAGGAAUAUUAUUUGUUAAAUUAUUUUGUGAGAUAAUCUAAAGAU